AUGACUAGCCCGGAUCAGAUUGCAGCUCAGAUCUUGAGCACGAAAUCCCUCUCAGUCGCCCAAACCUGGCUCAGUGCCUUCCUAUCAUCCAGCACAGCACAACGCAACACUCCCCCCUCUGCCCUCGCAAAGACGGCGAUAUUCCGUAUCCUCGCCUCUGAUAUCAAAGAAUCACUCUCCAAACACAGAUCAUGCGUACUACCAGUCGACAUCCACGACCCGACAGUGCAAGAGCGACGCCUUCAAGGCUCGAUCCCCGUGCAAGUGCUCGACAUCGAAGAUAUCGGCACAAGUCUAUGGAGCCAGAUCGAAGCAAUUGAACGCGUUGAGCGCGGCGAGGCAAUCCGCGGCCGUGAGAUCGUACGCACAAUAGCUGUAGGCGAGGACCCCGAGGCAUCGGAGAACAAUCGUGCAAAUAACAAUCCUGCGAAUGGUGCUGCGAGUGCGUCCGGGAACAGUGGGUAUGGCCCGCACCGCCUGAUUCUUCAGGAUGCAGCAGGAACUACGGUUUUGGGUGUUGAAAUGCAGCGGAUAGAUGGAAUAGCGUUAGAGAAGCUUGCUAUUGGGGCAAAGAUCUUGCUCCGUAAUCCGUCUGUUGCGAGAGGUAUGGUGCUGCUUUGUCCGGGAUCUGUUACUCUGCUCGGGGGUAAGAUUGAGGCUUGGGAUAAACCGUGGAGAGAGGGCAGGAAGGCUAGAUUACUGGAGAAGACUGCAGGUAUCGAGGGAGAAUGA